CUCCAGCUGGGGGGGGGGGGGCGGGAGGUUUGCGCCCUUCCGGACAUGGGCAACGUCUUCAACAACGUCUUUGAGCCACAGUGUGGCCAAGGCCGCCUCUUGCUCGGUGACGAUGGCGAGUCUUCCCUCGCUGCCAGGUAUGAGACAGACUUGUUUCCGCAGAAGUUGGGGGAGGGCCAGUUUUCGAGUGCCUAUGUCUGCUGGAACAAGAAUAGUGCGGAGCGCUUCGCAUUGAAGGUCUUUGUUGCAGCAACAGAAGGAGCAGAUCACGCUGCAAAUGAAAUUCGUGUUUUGCAUGCCUUGGGCCCGGAGCUUGGAGUUGCGUUGAGCGGAUUGGCAGGCCUGACAUUCUCGCAUUCUCGGUCGGUGCAAGGACAGCAUCCCAGAAUUAUUCAUUUGGUUGAUGUCUACAUCGAGGACCCUCGGAGUACGCGUUUGGUGCUUGAGCUUUGUGAAGGAGGCCAGCUCUUCGAUCGCCUUGUAUCCCUGGGUCGAUUUGAGGAGCCCAACGCUGCGUACGUUGUGCAAGAGAUUCUCGAGGCAGUUGCCUACAUGCACAACAGAGGGAUCAUGCACCGGGACUUGAAGCCGGAGAACAUCCUCAUGGUUUCUCCCGACAGCGAUGACAUCAAGGUUUGCGACUUUGGCAUUGCCAAGAUGGCAGUGGGCAAGAUCUCCGGUCGAUGCCGUCCGCCAAGGGCAAACUCCUUCAAGGGCUCAGAUUUUUACUUGGCUCCGGAGAUGAUCCGGCAGGAGGAGUAUGGUCCUGAGAUCGACUUGUGGGCAUUGGGCGUGACUUGCUAUUCCUUGAUCAGUGGAUGCUUGCCAUUUGUCGGAGAUGGCCCUGACGGUCUUCGAGGAACAUAUCGCAAGAUUGUGAAUCGGGACAUCCACUUUGAGGGGGAGGCAUGGGAAGACGCAUCCCCACUGGUCGUGGAGUUUAUUUUGCAGCUGCUCUGCCUGCAUCCCCAUCAACGGCUGACGGCAGCGCAGGCUUUGGCUCACGACUGGGUGAAAUGCGCCUGCCCCCGGCAGAGCCAACAAGAGAGCGACGAGGAGUCAGACGAGUCUGACCUAGCCCAGGAUGAAUUAGAAGAUGAAGGGGGGCCACCGCCUGGCUGCAUCUGGCAACUUCGUAAUCUUUCGAGUUCAUGCAAAGCCAUGUCGCAGCGCAAAGCAGUUUACGCUGCACGGUUUCUCAGGCCGCCAGGCUGGACAAAGCGGCUCCUGUUACGGGAGAAGCCCCGUGAGCUCACAGGUCCCUUUGAGAACCCCGUGCGCCGCUGGGUCCGGCUCCGGGAGAAGGCGCGGCAAUUCUCUGAGUUGCCCCCACCUCGGCGGGUUCCUGUGCCGAAGCCCAGCCGAAAGAGUCUUCUGCAGGCGGUAGAGGGCGUGCCACGCGUGCACGAGCAGGCCCUCCAGCGGCGUUUGGACUUUUUGCUUUCUGAAGAUGCGGUGAAGCAGCAGUUGGCAGCGCCCCUACGAUAUGGCCUCAGUCCCUACUUUGUGGAAUUCCAAUGCUGGAGCAGGCAGCUCCGUGAUCUGCGCCGCAUCUACCGCGCGCAAUACCUCCAGAAGCUUGCUGAGGUCACUGAGAUUGAGAGGGUCAAGGAGGCUGAACUGUACAAGAAGGAGCAGGAAAUAAGAAAGGAGAGGAGAGAGGCGCACCUGCAGCGCAUCGGCGAGGAUAUGAAGCGCCGCGCCAUCCUGCGCGAUCGGAAGCGCAUCGAGUCCAAGGUGAACGAGGCCAUCCAGAUGGCCCGCGUCUCCAAGAUGAAGCGGCAGCGCAUCUUUUGGCUGCGCCGAAUGGAGACGCUGUCCAAGCUCGUGGUGUCCUCCGAGAACUUGGAGGAGGCCUUUGCGCCGGAGGUCCACAUGGGAGUCACGGCCAGCUCGGGGGUGCUCCUGAGCCGGAACGUGUCCAUCCCCUACCUCCUGCGGCAGUUCGGGGGUUCCAAGACCGACCCACCACAGAAGAACCGGCGCAUCCCCGGCAUCGACAACAUCCAGCGCGAGGUCUUGCAGAUGUCCUACGAGAUCCUCGGAGAGGACGAAGAGAGGUUCGAGUCCGCUCCUGAAGCGAGCUGGCAGACGCGUGCCCAACAGCUCUAUUCUGACAGCAUUUUCGACAGAGAGCAGAAGAUGGCCCUCCUCAAUCAAAAGAUCCGCAUCCUGCAGGAUAUGCAAGAACCAGCCGCUGAUCCAUCGCAACAGACCAUCAGACAGAAGUUGAUAGAUGAGUUGAUGAUUGUGAAGGCGGCGGAGGAGGAGAAGGAGAAGGCCCAGAGAAGGAAGGAGCUGAGUGACGCGCUUCGUGGGAAAGACCCGAAAGGUCUGGACCUAUAUGAGAUGAGCAUCGCAUUCGCGGAGCCUUCCAGAUUGUCAGCUGGCUUUUACCAGAGCCUGGUCCUUAGCAACGAAGUGGAAGAGGCCGGUGAUGGAGAGAGGCCAUCAAGCUGCGUCUACAGCUUCGGCAGCAAUCGGAACUCGCUGCAAGCCGUGUGCAGACCGGGUGUCCCUGGCAACGCACCGAGUGCGGGACGUGCGGGAGGCCCCAGUCCAAGUGCAGCGAGGAGGGAUGGGGAAGGGGCGUUUGUGGCGGAGCCGACAGCGCUGGACUUAGAGAACGUGGUGAACGUGGUGCAGGUGAGCUGCGGCGGCAACCACAGCUGUGUGUUGGAGAAGCGGCCCGGGGAGGAGGGUGGCCAAGUCUGGACCUGGGGCCUUGGCAACGGGGGCCGGCUGGGGGUCAAACGGCCUCGCAAGGCCUCGGAGGUCCAGGCCCUGCUGAAGAACUCGAAGAACUUUGAUGCGCUCCUUGCUGACAAGGCCUACGUGCAGUGGCUGACCUCCGACGGCAAGUGGAGCUUGCACACGCCGGUCAAGCUCCAGUUUGGAACUGACCGGAUUGCAUCCAUCAGCGCUGGAACCGACUACACCCUGGCGUUGACUGAGAACGGGGCAAUCUAUGCAUGGGGUAUUGGCAGCUAUGGGAACCUUGGCACUGGACUUAUUUGCGACCAGUGGACGCCAGCUUUAGUCCAGAUGCCAGAGAACGUGCGGUGCUGCCAAGUGGCAGCUGGAACCAAGCACUCCAUGGCCCUCACCACUGCAGGCGAGAUGUUCUCCUGGGGCCACGGUGGCCACGGGCGCUUGGGCCACGGCCCAGCCUGUGAGGCCGCGCUGCGACCCACCCGGAUCCAGGUGGAGAAGGAUCCGCGGUUCAAGUUCGUGGCUGUGGGCGAGGCGCACUCCGCGUGCAUCGACGCCUUGGGCUCCUCGGUGUGGUGCUGGGGCGCAGGCUCCUUUGGGCGAUGUGGCCACGGGGAGGAGGCGGACAACAUGUACCCGAAACAGGUGAGCUCUAUGAUCGGGAAGAGCUGCAGCCAAGUGGCGCUGGGUGUGUGCCACAGCCUGGCGCUGGUGCGUGGGAGCGUGUGGAGCUGGGGCGGGUUUUUGUACACCGGGCAUGGGGAGAAUGACGACAUCGAGACGGCGCGGGUGUUGGAGGACGAGACCCUGGGGCAUUCGGGGCGCAUCGUGGAGGUGGCCGCAGGCCGGUUCCACUCGCUGGCGCUGAGCGCCACGGGGGAAGUCUUCAGCUGGGGCUCUGGCAGCCUGGGCCGCCUGGGCCACCCUCACUUGGAGGCCCAGACGGUGCCGCUCCAAAUCUUCAAAAGAGACUCAAGAGACGCCAGAGACGCCAGAGACUCAAAGGCCCUCAUAGGCUGGGUCCCAGCUGAAAGGAGUCUGCAAGAGGAGGCCGUCUGCCGGGCGGAGCUACAGCUGGCCUGCGGCGGCAUGCACUCGGCGGCAGUGUCCUCGGAUGGGUCCUGCUGGCUCUGGGGCCACGGGGAGUAUGGGCAGAAUGCCUCCAAUGACGACUUGUGGAAGCCAUCGCUCCUAUCGGCCAUCGACCCCAUCUCCCGAUCCAAGAUCAAGGUGCUGCGCGUGGCGCUGGGCAUGGAGCACUCUUUGUUGAUCUCCACCACCUUGGAGCUCUACUCGUGGGGCCGCAACCACCGGGGCCAGCUGGGUUUGGGCACCACCACCGACACCAGCGAGCCCACCUUCGUGGCCGCCUUGUCCAAGGCCAGUGCCGUGGCCGCUGGAGAGGACCACUCCGCCGCCAUCACCCCAGGCGGGGAGGUGUACACGUGGGGGAAUGCGGAGUGCGGGAAGCUGGGCCACGGGUCCAGCAUGAUCCGCAGCGCCAUGAGCUUUCCCAAGCAGAUCAACCUCGAGGCACGCGUGCGGAAGGUGAGCUGUGGGCCGACCCACACCGCGCUGAUCGGCAACAACGGGGAGCUCUUCACCUGCGGCGCUGGUUGGUUUGGCAGGCUGGGCCAUGGGGACAUGGACAACCAGUACUCUCCAAAGCAGGUGGACAAGGUCUUGGUGGAGGAGUCCCUGAAGGAAUGCCCCCGCUUUCUCGAGGUCACCUGUGGAUCCUUCCACACCUGUGCUCUGUGCGAAGGCUCCAGACUGUGGGUCUUUGGCCGAGACUACCUGGUUUGUGAGGCCGACCACAUCAACUCCCCGCUGCUCUUCAAGCAUAUUGAGGGGGAGAUCGUGUCCGUGGUGGCGGGGGCCAACCACACGUUGUGCAUCACCCGCCAAGGCCGGCUCUGGGGCUGGGGCGACAACAGCAAGGGUCAGCUGGGCAUCGGAAGUGCUGAGAAGGCCACCGCCACCGUGGUGCCCUUCAAAGGCCAGCUGCAGGCGGUGUCUUGUGGCUAUGCCCACUCCAUGGCCAUCACCAAUGGCGAGGUCUGGGCCUGGGGCCUCCAAAGCGGCGGACGCCUGGCCCUGAAGAGCCCUGUGAACACCAAGGUCUGCCUGGUGCCACAACGGGUCCUUGCCCCAUGGAAGGAAAGUCGCAAGUGA